AUGAGGUUCAACGACUUAUUCUCAUCGGUGGUCAAGUAUUUCAAACCCAUACCUGAGCAUCGCGACGAUUUCGGCGUAAGUGCCAUACACUACAAGUUGAUUUCCGGUCUUCUUAUCGCGUGCUCGUUGAUGACAGGACUCACCGCGUGGUACUCCCAAAUCGAGUGCCAGGUAGACCCUCGAGCAGGUUACGACACGAGUCUCAUAAAACACUGGUGCUAUGCUCAGUCGACUUUCGUGAUCGAAACGACGAAUUCGAGCAAACCGUUCGGUUUGGUGAAUACCCACGCGCAUUCGACCAAUGAAGUCGUUCACCUCAUGUAUUACCGAUGGGUGACUUUGGCCUUUUUCGUCCAAGCAGUUUGCUUCCAGAUCCCCCGCAUUGUCUGGAAAUCCAUCGAGAACGGUCGAGUCAGACGGAUGGCGGACUUCGUGAAGGGCCUUGAGUUCGUUCCAGCGAUCGACCGCGUGAAGAAAAUCGAACCCGUUGUCGACUAUUUCCUUCAAACAACACGGCGGCAUGAGGACCGCAAGUACUUUUCGUAUUGCGUCGUAUGUCAGAUGUUCUAUCUGAUCAUCACAAUAGCGCAAAUUCACUUCGCCGAAGCGUUCUUGAACGGUCAAUUCGUAUCGUUGGUCCCUCUGUGGCUCCUAGGCAAGCCGGUUCUUGAUUCAGUUUUCCCGACCCAGGCGAAAUGCCUAUACAGAACGUACGGUGCCGGAGGGAGCCUGCAGAGACUGGACUUCCUAUGUGUCUUAGCGAUGAAUGUCCUCAUCAGCAAAAUCUACGUUUUAAUGUGGUUCCUUCUCGCUCUCGCUCUAGUCGCAUCAACUUAUCAGACUUUCUAUCUCACCGCAUUAUAUUUCUCUACCAAGAGGCAGCGCAACUUGUUUGGAGACAUGCGGUUCGUGGAGCGGCUAUCCCUAACCCCCGCGGACUGUCUUCUCCUCAGAUUUUUCCGCGGGAGUGUAGAUAGCGUCACCUUCGAAGAAUUCAAAGAAGUGACAUUGCGGAAAUUUCGUGAAGCGACUGCAGUCGAAGUUGGACUUUGA